AUGGCAAGCAUUCUGCGCUGGUAUCAUGCUACGCUUACGCGGCGGCCGAUUGCGACGCAGGCAGUUACGGCAGGAUGUCUCUUUACUGCAGGGGACUUUAUAGCGCAACACGGUGUCGAAGGAAAGUCACUGGCCAAUCAUGAUUGGAAGCGUACGGGGCGGCUGGCGACUUACGGAACUUUGGCUCUGGGCCCUGCGAUAGCGGUCUGGUACCGCUAUCUGAGUACUGCAGUCACAAUCAAGAAUCCACUUGCAGCGACCGUCGCCCGCAUGUCCAUUGACCAAUGUGUUUUUGCACCUACCAAUCUAUUCUGCUUUUUCACAGCCAUUGGAUUCAUGGAAGGCAGAUCAUGGAAGCAGAUCAAAGAUAAACUUCGACAGACAUACAUGCCAACUCUGAAAGCAAAUUUCACUGUCUGGCCACCUGUUCAGCUAGUGAACUUUUAUUUUACACCAGUUAACUACCAAUCUCUCGUUGUAAAUACUGUUGCCUUGGGAUGGAACUCGUAUUUGAGUUGGACCAAUGCAAAGCAAAAGUCUACUUAAAAGAGUAUUGUCUUCUGGCAAGGGCGACAUACGAUAAUAGAAACAUCCCGUUUAUGCCGAUAUCUCAAUAAAUGAACACCGCAAGUGUAUUUUAAAUGUCA